UUACGCCUCACAACUGCCUAUCUAGGUACACCAGCAUCAGCAGUCUACCUUCCGUUGUGACUUGCUUGCCUUUCCUUUUCCAAACAUACGUCGACACUCUACACUAAUCCGCGUGACGGCUCGAGUCAUUUGUAUAUCCUUCGCUUUAUACUUGGCUUAAUCCUUAUCCAUCUGUCAUUUGAGCUUCUAUUAUUCUUCCACCAGCUUCAACUGGCCCUUGCCCUAACGUCCCUAUUUUGCUUCCGUCUACUUGACGAAUCAAUAAAAUAAUCUAUAAAAUACCUUCAUCACCAUCGCCGCAUUUAUAUAUACAAGCAGACAUUAUGGAGCAGACAUAUUCUACUGGUGACCUGCGCGGCGAUGCUGUCGCCUACCAGCGUCACCAUGCACAGAAACACAAGUGGGCUGCCGGAGUAGCAACCUACGCUCCCGGUCGACGUCAACCUAUUAUUCCCGGGACAAGACGACCGAUUCACCCACAGCAAAGAGUCAACAGCGCUAUUCGCCGUGGCAAUGCCAAGCUGCUCCAGGGCGUGUCGCAUCGCAUGAACAUGACUCGCAAGUUUGACAUUCUUGAAGAGCAGUGCCAGACUGACUCGUCUGAUGACGACGUUGUUGAGGCCUCUGCUGCUCCUGAACCGGACGCGGAAAUUGCUUACUCUUAUGAUGCUGAGCGUGGCCCCCAGCAGGGUAGCCAAAUCCUCAGCAUGGCUCUCACCAAGGCCGUCGAGAAAUUCCACACCAAGGAAACUGAGAAGCUCAUCAAAGAGGAAUACGAGGUCGUGGGCAAAGAACCCGAGGCCGCCGAGAACAUGGCUGGUCCAGCCACGACCGAUGCUGACGGAUUUGAACUCAUUUGAGGUGGAGGCUGAUGGCGCUUCGGACGCCUCACUUAUCUAUCGCUACGACGGGC